CGCUGGCAACAAUCUAGCUAAGAAGUAUUCUCCAUCCGCACAGGUCGAAACUUGUGAAGAUUUCAGUUUGCAUUUUCGUUCAGUGAAACCGGUCGAAUAUUUUUAAUAAUAAAUUUUAGAAUUUUCUGUAAAUAGUGCGAAGAAUAAAAAACAGAAUUUAAUAGAAGUUUGGCUGUCAGUUAAAAAUGGAUGUAAAGGCUAAUUAUUGUGACUUUUUUGAAGGAACUGAGAAAUUACUCGAGAUAUGGUUUGGGAGAAGAGACGAUUCCUCCUCAGCAAAUUGUGAUUUGCGGCUUAUCCCUCGAUCUACAUGGGAGAAGCUGUUAAAAAUCGUGAAAUGUGAGAUAAUUAGUUAUAAGAAGAAUGAUCAUUUGGACUCUUAUGUAUUAAGUGAAAGCAGCUUAUUUGUCUCGAAGAAUCGUGUUAUUUUAAAGACCUGUGGCUCUACAACUUUGCUUCGAGCUGUCAAAGCAUUGAUUUAUGUUGUCAGGGAUAUGACUGAUUUUGAUAUUGUUUUGGAUCUUUUUUACUCAAGGAAGAAUUUUAUUCGCCCUGAGCUUCAAGACAAACCACACACCAGUUUUGAAGAUGAGACUGAGGUUCUUGAUGAAUUGUUUGAUGGUUCUGCCUACUGUUUGGGAAGACUUAACAGAGAUUGUUGGUACUUAUAUACUCUCAAUCCACUUGAAGAUUUUAUAGGCGUUCAAGUUCCGGAUCAAACAUUAGAAGUGAUGAUGCAAGAAUUGGAUCCCAAAAUUAUGAAGAUUUUCACCAGAGAAGUUUGUUCUAAUGCCAAAGAAGCAACUAUGAAGUCUGGCAUUGAUAAGCUUUUUCCAGGAAUCAUGAUUGAUGAUUAUCUGUUUGAGCCAUGUGGAUAUUCAAUGAAUGGAUUAUUCAAAGGGGGCUAUUAUGUCACUAUACAUAUUACUCCAGAACCAAAAUAUUCAUAUGUGAGCUUUGAAACUAAUUACCCUCAGGAGUCCUAUUCUGAUUUAAUUGCUCGUUUAUUGAAAACAUUCUGCCCUGGAAAGUUCAUAAUGACUCUGUUUGCAAACAAAUUGUCUGUUGCUGCCAUUGCUCCAGGUCUUUAUCACCGAAUGGAUUUCCGUGGUUUCUGCCGCAAGGAGUUGCAGUUCUCCCACUUCAAGAACUACGAUCUCACUUACGCCCUCUUUGCCAAAGCGCCCAGUUGAGGCCUAAUUUUGCCCCUAUCCAGACAUACACCCCUUUUAAUUAAAUGUUACUUAUCUUGGAAUCUUUGUUCAAAACCUUUGUCCCGUAGGCUUAAAUUUGGUCUUCAUUUUCCUACAUUUGUUUGGAGCAGGAUUUCAUGAUUUUUACUGGUCAUGACUGUUGUUUGAUUAGUUAUGAGAGAGAAGAAUGUUCACAUGAAGUGAAAUAUACAGGCUUCUCGUUUUGAGCAUGUUGUUGUGAGCGGUUGGGUUAAAAGAGAGAGAAAGAGAGAAACGAAACAAGAUCCGUUUCAUUCCAAACAAAACUAGUGAUGCAGAUAUUUUUGAAGUUAUAAUACAGUAGGAUUCACUUAUGACGAUUCAGCACUAAACGAGAUUGAGGAUUUAACGAGGAAAAUUGAUUCUUACAGACUGUUUCUCAUAGAAUCUUUGAGCAAUCAAUUUUUUCACUUUUUCCCAUAUUAAACAAAUUAUUUUGGAAGCAGUGAAUAUAUCGGGAAUAAUAAAAAAUUAAAUAAGUUCACAGUAUACUAUCGAUUACUGAUUCCUAUACUCAUUUACUAUAAUACUACUAAUUCAUAAUUUCAACGAAUUAAACUUUACUUGAGAUAGCGAUGUGCUCUGAAGUGUUAAUUUCUCGAAGCUAUGUAAAAAACAUACAAUAAAAUUUCUUUUGCUAUAAGUUUUUAAAAUGAAAAUGAAAUAAAGCAUAAUUUUGAAAAGCUAAACAAACUUUACAAUAAAAAUUAAGUGAAAUUCACAGAAGUGUUUUUUUCAAAAAAUUUUUUUUUGUACUAACAUCUAAACUGAGAUUUACUUAGCAACCAGAUUUUAUGUGCAUUUUUCUGUUUUCCAAACUCCACAUUACAUACGGAUCCUACUGUAUAAAUUCAUUUGUGGCCACUUGAUUUAAUUUCGGGUUUGAAUAAAUUCGAGGAUUUGGUAGGAAUGCAUGAUGUUUUUCAUAUGCAGAGAAAAGAUCACAUUCCCCAUAAACCAGAGUUUUGAGAAUUGCUCAGUCACAUUAAUUUUAUAUGAUUCUGCAUUUAUUUUCCAUCUAUCAUACUUUUAUUAAUUUGACAAUUAGUUCAACCCACUUAAAUUUGUUUUUAUGCAUAUUUGCAUAGUUUAAUUGGAUUGUUAUAUUCUUUGUCAGAAGUUUUAUCUAGAUAUCCCUUACUGGGUCCAAUUCUCUUACUAUACAAUUGACAUUGUCAACCUAUAAGGUGGUUUGGUCACUUAUAGUAUUCUUUUAUGACAUGUCAUGUGUUCUGUUGUGUUAGCAUAUAUACUUAGGGUAUAUCUUUUGUGCUACUUUUUUUUAAUGGUAUGUCAUGCAGGACUUUUUUAGUGGUAUAUCAUGUGUAUAAUUUUUUUUGUUUUUGUUUUAAUGAUAUAACAUGUUUUAAAGCAAUUUACAUAUAUUUUUGUCAAAUCUCACUCAUAUUAUAAACCAUAUUUAUCUGAAAAAUUGAAAGAACUUAAUUUACCAAUUUUCAAAAGAAUAAAUGGCAAGUUUUUUUUUGAUUUCAUGCACAUUAAUACAAAAAGCAAUGUGUAUAAUAUAAUAUUUAGAUUUUUUAAAAUUAAUAGUAGAUAUUUUAUGGCAGGGGUGGCCUACCUUUUUCAUCCCCAGCUCUGUUUUCCUUACAGAUGCAUGUUUAUAUAUAAUUUUUAUCUGUAACUUUAGUACAAAUAUAUACUUUUUAAACUACAUAUUUAUCUAGUAUCCUCAAUUAGUAAAGUUAGGGUAAAGCAUUGUUAAUGAUGUAAUCUUUAUUAAUAACACAACUUUUGAGGGGUUGCCGAGUCUUUUCUUUGACGAGGUUUAAGCCAUAAUCUGGAAGAAGAAAAUUAAGUCCAUAAAAACUGAAGAGAAACAUUGUGUUUAUUCUCAUAUGGGAUCACAGUUUGGUCACCCCUGCUUUAUGAUAAACAUCAGCCAAAAUAAGAGUUUUGGUCAAUUUUAAUUUUUUUUAAAGAAUUUCUUUCUUAAAAAUUUUUUUAUUUUCAGUUUGAAUGUAAAGAACAAAUUGAACUGUUUUUUUUUUUUUUAAAGUUAAGUUUAUAGCAUAAUUUGCAAUUUUUUAGUGCCUUACUAUUUCUGUAAAGUGUUUUUCUAAAGAAUUUUGCUUUUCAUCACCUAAUUUAAAUAGUUGCCCUUUUAGUUUAAAAGCUUUCUCUGCUUAUAGUCUAAACGUUUUUAUGUUUUUACAAAUUUGUUUUAGUUUGUAUUACUCUGCAAUAUCCCAUUUUCUUUCUGUUUAAAAAAUUAUACUUUGUCAUGUAAGAACACUGGUUUGUACUUAUUUGUAAGAGCUUAAAUUGUACCUAUAUUUGUAUUUGUUCUUAAUUUUACCAAAAAUUUGUCACUUGCGUUACUUUUGGGCAAGUAAGUGUAAUAUCUAUAGUUCCAAAGUUACAUUAUUCUAGUCAGUUGCAAAAGUGAUUUUAGAGUUAGUGAUUUUUUGAUCAAAAAAUAUCCCCAAAGAUGCUACAAUUAUGUAUGGACGAAUUUCAAGAAAUAUUUACGAAACAUUGAGAUUCUUUUAAAAGAAAAUCGUGGUUGUAUAUUGAACACCACCAGCAUGAUUUGUUUCUCACGAAUUUCAACGUCUUUCCAGAUUAUGUUUUUGUUGAAUUUAUAGUGGACGAUCAAAAUGUGUUUCCUCCUUGCUAAAGAACCACCAAAUGAGCUCUCUGGAAAGAUUUUGAACAACUUCUAAUGCAUGUUUUAAGAUUGGGUGAUGUUAAGGUGCUGAGUGUGUUUUUGAUUUACCACGCUUUUCAUGCUGAGUGGUUAUUAUUUUUUUUGUAUAAUAGUAGCUUAAUGUUAUAUAUGAAUACUUCCUAGCUGUGAUUUUUUAUUAUAUUGAGAAAACACGUAUGUCUGGAUAGGUGGAUUUUUACAUUUACCAUUGAUGUUAUUGUUCCUUGAUCAAAUAAAUAUUGAGAUCUUUGAGAUUUUA